AUCCAUCCACAUUAUGGAGUUGCUCACUUAGUUUACUCUCGCCUCGUCGUCGGACUUGAGCGUCUCAGGUCAAAGUCUUCCUCGCCGACCGAGCUUUCCUUUUCCAUCUGAUCUCGCCGCUACCUGCCCGAGAGACGCCAGCGCAACAUCCCAGGUUAUAGAAUCCUUCAGUCCGCAGCCUUCCGGGUCCGCAGAUAACCGCGGCGACAACCUCUCGCCACCUCCCAUCGACUUCAAGCACUGCUUAUACCGAGAAGCCUACGCAGCGCGGCGACGGGGAGCCGGACGAUAGUGAACCAUAACGAGCUCCCCGAGAUGACGUUGGAGGAGUUUGCGACAGUGGCCGAGCCCAUGGCGCGGGGACGACGACAAGUUGGUCAUGGCGGCAGCAGCAUAGACGACGACGAGGACGAGGACGACGACAGCAGCAGCAGCAGCACCACCACCACCACCACCACCACCACCACAAGCGCCGGGGACAACUGGUGGUGGCACUUCCAAGGCCGCAUACCGGACGUUACAGUCCAGUGCAUGCGUGUGCUACGAAGUGUGUUCGGCGAGAACGUCCGCGUCAGCGUGGAGAUAGAGAAACCUGGCCGGGCGGGGUUGCGGGAAUUGGCCGCCGAGGCCGAUGUCGUGUUCUACUCCAGGUCCUGGGCUGAGGUGAGUGACUCAAACCCCCUACCCCAAAACCUCCCUGAUUGUCCUGGCUGGCUGGCUGCGCCUGCCUGUUGACUGAAACAAUUUUUUUUUAUUUUCGUUUUUCUUUUUUACCGCCAUAAGGGAUUGCGGGUACACCUCAGCCGAGGCCUGUCUAAGAGGGGAGAAGCUGUCGCGAGCGUGAGUCGUUUCCUGUCGAAAAGACAAAAACCCCUUAACGGUCUCCGACUGGGUGGCGAAGAAGGGGGGUGGUCAGCGGGCAUUUGUCUUGACCCCCCCGUCUCCCCUGACUGCAGGCUACAGGGUUGCUUUCUCGGCAUGUGAGGGUUUUUGAAGGGAGACAACGCGCUGACGGGGUGCUGCCGGGGCUGCAUGCCUGUCUCUCCACGACGGGGCGUGCGUCCAAUACGUGUACUGCCCGGCACAAAGUGGCUGCAUCAAGAUCGUCGA